AAAAUUUGUAUGUACCAUCUCUCUCCUCAUUAUGUUUAUAUAUACCUGAAACUCUUGUGAAUUCCCUCAUACCCACCCAACUUCUAAAUCUCUCUUCCAUCACUUUCCUGAAGCAUUUUAUUUUGAAUUCCAAAGCAAAACAAAAAAUGGCAGCCUUUUCAUCAAAUAAUCUGCACCAUCACCCUUUUCUUAUUGACUCAGUUGUUCUGCAACCAAACUCUUCCAUCAUUAAGAUUUUUGAACAACUAAACAAUGCUGAUACCACUGAAUUUCAUCAGGAUAUUGUCCCUGUCAAUGGUGGUGUUCUUCAAAAUAGAUGCCUUCUUGACCAGAGUACAAAAGUUUCUCUCAGCAAUAAAGAGUCUAAUUCUUUGAUGAGCAUAAAAAACAAGUAUAGUAUGGAGUCUUCUUCAGUUUCUGAUAAAUAUUUGAGUAGUGAUCAACAAGUCUCUCAGAAUAUAACUUCCAUGGUGGAGAAGAAGCAGCAGAGAAAACGAAAAUUAAUGAGGUCCUUAUCAAAUUCUGCUCAAUCCAAGGAUAUGAGAGAAGUUAAGGGAAAGAAGCAAAAGAAUACUGUAGACAAGAAGCAACCUGGAGAAGAGAAGAAGUCAUCUGAAGAAGAUCCAAAAGGAUUUAUUCAUGUAAGAGCAAGAAGAGGUCAGGCAACUGAUAGCCACAGCCUUGCAGAAAGGGUGAGGAGGGAGAAAAUAAGUGAAAGAAUGAAGGCACUCCAAGCUCUUGUUCCUGGUUGUGAUAAGGUAACUGGAAAGGCCCUCGUGUUGGAUGAAAUUAUCAACUAUGUCCAGUCCCUACAAAAUCAAGUGGAGUUCCUCUCAAUGAAGCUUGCUACUGUGAAUCCCAUGUUCUAUGACUUUGGUAUGGACUUCGAUUCUUUCAUGGUUAGACCUCAUCAGAGUUUAAAUAGCUUGGCGUCAAAUCUGCAAACUGUGCAACAAUGCAGCACACAGUCACCAGUCAUUCGUGAGACGGACACAGCACCCAAUUGCUAUUCUCUUCUUGAUAGUUCAUCCCCACUUUUAUUUCAGCUGGCCCAUAUGCCAAAUACUCUCCCACAGGGUGAUGGACAGCUCUUAUGGGAUGUGGAUGACCAAAGACAAAAAUUUAUUAAUGAGAUAGGGUUCAGCAACAACUUGUGUUCAUUUCAUUAAAAAUUUUGUCUAACUUCUUGUUCAUUUCAUUUGGUUGUAAGGAAUUAGAAAUUGCACACGCAGAAAUGGAUGUUAUUCCCAAGUAUCAAAUAGUAAUGGAGAACAGGAGAAGGUGGCAGUCGAUGAAUAAAGAAUAUGAAGAAGCAAAAUCAGUGGACAUUUACAACCGUCCAAUGAGAUCAGAUUUUAUUUUUCCCAUCAGAUCCUUUGUUCUUGUCCAAUCCUAAAAGUAUAUGGGAGCAUAAAUUCCUGCAAAUAUGUUCCAUGGAUUGACCAAAUUAUAUUGUAAAGAUUAAUCCCUUGUUUGAGCCACAUUAUUGUAAUGAAAAUGCACUAUUGAAUAAUAUAUUGAUGAAAAAUGUUUUGAAUUUG